GUCCGUGUCGUGGAUAUAACAAUCAAAAACAUCAGUACUAAUUGACCUUUUCACCCUGCCCAAUAAUAUAGCAUCCUUUCUGGCACCGAGAGCGAACAGAUUUAGCUAUUCGCAGUGGCGAGUUAAAAGAAGAGCAAGAAUCCUCUUCCGUACAGAAUCGUGCGAAAAUUCAGAACCGAAAAAUGAAAAUCAUCUGUACACAAGUGUUCAAGUGCCUGUUGUCCUUCCUGCUGCUGCUGCUGUUCAUUCUGUUCAGUUUCGCCUCACGCGUGCUCUUUGUUUAACGAUUCCGUAGCAGUUGUGGUCUAGUUCUGCCAUAGCUAUCGCUGGUAAUCCGACAGAUCUUGUUCUUCCCUACACUAUCGUCAGCUGUUUGCUUCGUCAAUUUCGCGGGUUCGUCGUACGCAACGUUAAGAUUACACCGUCUCUUAUCGGCAUCCCUUACGUUAAACGAGACGCUAAGAAAGCAGAAAACGAAAAACAAAAGCCAUCUUCCCGAGACCGGAAAUCAUCCCUUACGGAACGGCGACUGAGUGGAAACAAUUGGCCGGCACAGAUUUAGCGCGGAAAUUGGUUCGUGGCUGUUCUUUUGUAAUGAUUUUUAAUUCUACUGAUGUGGCAGUAGAUCUUACCAAGCACUCCUGCAUGCUUCGCCACGUAUAAUGGCAGAUGAUGAUGACAUCAGAACGGCCGUGCACUCGUUUUAUGCCAUUCAGCAUCAACAACAGCAGCAAAAUCACAUGCCGGUCAUACAUCACCAUUCUAUGAUGCACGGCCACCAGAGCUACGGCAGCGGUCCACCCAUGAACGCGAUCGGCAUGUCCCGCUCGCAAUCGCACACGGUGAAUCUGCUGAGCGAGGAGUUUAUAGCCGGGUACAUGGAAGAGGGUCGCAUGUCCGUCGCCCGAAGGUUCUUCUGUCUUUUCGUUACAUUCGAUGUCGUAUUCAUUUCGCUGCUGUGGAUCAUUUGCGUUGUGAUCACUGGCGACAACGUUAUACACGCAUUGCAAAUUCAGGUCCUUCACUAUACGGUCUACACAUCGCUAUUUGAUGUUGUUAUUACUGCCCUCAUUAGGUUUAUUUUUCUUCUACUGUUUUAUGGGCUGCUCAGCGUCAGCCAUUGGCUAGUGAUAGCGUUAUCUACAACUAGUUCCUGUGCUUUUCUUAUUAGCAAAGUAUUUCUUUAUGACUGGACUGCUACACCGCAACCGGUAUUCGAGGUGCUUCUGAUAGUGGUAUCGUUCGUAUUGGCAUGGGGUGAAGCAUGGUUCCUGGAUUGUCGCGUUAUACCACAGGAACGAUAUGCAAGAGAUUAUUUCGUCGCGAUCACGAAUCCCGGCUCGAUGGAUGCUCGCACACCUUUGCUGGGUCCAUUCCUGAGUGCAACAGUUGCAGGUCGGACGGAAAGUAUAGGCAACUUUUACUCACCGUUCGAUUCCAUUCAUAACAGCGACGAUGACGACGAUGAAGAUGAGCAGGAUGCAGAAUUCAAGAAGAUGGGCACCGAGUGUGUACGAAAAGCGUACGCGUUGCUCGAAUCCGAUGGUUGGAAGAUUGAAAAGGUAACCGCGAAAGGUGACACGAUCCAAAGCUGUCAGCAGGACACUUUCGGCAAGGUGUAUAAACUUACGGCGAAGAUUCACUACCCUGCCCGGAAGCUGUUGGAGGAACUGUUUUACAAAAUCGAGGAAGUACCAAAAUGGAAUCCAACGCUUGUAGAUUCCAAAAUCAUUCGUAAAAUCGAUAGUCACACGGAUAUUUCCUACCAGGCCACGGUGGGCGGUGGCGGUGGUGUGGUAAAGUGUCGCGAUUUCGUAAACCUUCGCUGCUGGCACCUUUGUCGCGACGGGCGUGUGAUCGAGGGUGUCGAUAUCUCACCGAACCCGUUAAUUAAUCUUUCUCCGGUGACUGAAGAAUAUGAAGGUAAUGGUUCGGUCGAGCAAAGUGACAACAGCGAGGAGGAGCAGGAAAGUGUCGGUAGCAUCGGAAAGGGCGAUGUUUCUGGGAAAAUUCCUGCUUCAAAAUCCGUUCCGCAGAUGAGUCAAUCGCACGGAGAGUUGAAGCUGGGUGCAGAAGGACCUAAUGGGGUAAAAGAUAACGCAAAGAAUGAUAAGACUGCAUUUAAAACGCUCAGCAAAAGUUUGGGCGCACAGGAUUUCGCGGCCGGGGCAGCCGCUGAUGCUGGUUCGGACCCUGAUGAUGUGUUUUCAGAUGCAAACACGGACGAUCAGCAAGGAGGUGAAUCAGCUCCGGGGUAUGGGAGUGAAAAGAAAAAGAAACAUGCCGCCCGCGAGGAAAGUGAAUCAACGGUAAAGGGUGGCAACGUGUAUGUGAGUGCCGCAAUCAGUAUAGAAUAUCCUGGUGCUCCCAUGAAAACGAUAUUUAUAAGAGGAGAGAAUAAACUAUCGUGCUGGGCGAUGCGGGAGAUCGCAAAUCAAAAAGAUCACUGUAUAUUUGAGUGGCUGCUGUGUUUGGAUCUGAAGGGUUAUAUUCCGCGCUACGUGCUAGACACUGCCUACACUACGCUAAUGCAAGACUACAUGAACUACCUUCGCAAGUACGUCGCCGAACUACGCAAGCAAGGAAAAGUGCCUGGUGGCUCCGAAUCCACCGCAUAGAGCGUCACAUGAGCAACGGUUAGCAUCAUUUUUCUUCAAAAGUCAUUCGAAUUUGUAAUAGAUUUAUGAUGGAUCAUUCAUUGGACAUUGUUCCGAGCCUGUUUUACAGCUGUGCUUUACGUACGCGUUGGGUUUGCUAGCCGAGAUUUAUUAUCCCAUUAAUAGCAUCCUUGCUGUACAGAAGAGAAGACAAAUGCUUUGCUAGCUCGUAAAAAGGAAUGAGAUUUUUAGUCAAUUACAAAACAAAACAAUGGAGAUAGUGCUACCAAUCACAAUACUUCUGAACGAAAUGAGUUACAUUGAUGCAUGACAAUUCCCUCUGUCCAUUAACCAGCCCAGCGAAAGUAUUGUACUGAGUCGACAGAAAUUGCCUACAUCUAUUUCUCUCGUUCUCGUUGCCUUCAUCAAUAAUUUUGAAUAAGUGAAGUAAAGUUUACAUAUUUCCCUUGGGUCCAUACGACCAACAAUCGUGAUCAUUUGAUGCUAUCUUUUACAAAAGCAUGAGAGAGAAAGAUAAUUUCCUUCUAAUAUGUCUAAUUGGUAUUGCUGUUAUUUUAUUGUGAUAUGAAUAAAAGAUUUAUAAUAUAGCGCGUACAACAAU